AUGGACAUCAUUCAAGGACUGAUACAGCAACCAAAAAUUCAAUCUGUGGAUGAAACCAUUCCAACGUUGUGCGAUCGAGUUGAGAACUCCACGUUGAUCAGCGAUAGGAGAUCCGCCGUGCUGGGGUUGAAGGCGUUUAGCCGUCAGUAUAGAGAAUCUGUGGUUGCAUCCGGGCUAAAACCGUUGCUCAAUACUUUGAAACGUGAUUAUAUGGAUGAAGAUUCGGUGAAGGCUAUCUUGGAGACAAUUUUGAUUCUUUUCAUCAGAGGCGAUGGCCAUGAUGACUUAACUAGAGGCUGGAUUUCUCAACAAUCGCGGUUGCAAAAUGGAAAGUAUCCUUCACCGUUGGUGAUGAAGCAAGAGAAGGAACAAGUAGAUCAGUUCUCGUUAUGGAUCGCUGAUGCUUUGACGCAAUCUGAGGAUUUAAUUCAUUUGCUCGUUGAAUUUUGGGAAAUCGAUAACUUUCAUAUCAGAUUGUACACAAUUCAAUUGCUAGAGGCCAUGAUGGCUACGAGGCCGCUGAAGGCGAGAAGUGCUUUGAUUUCAUUACCAACAAGCAUAUCCACUAUGGUUUCACUCCUAGAUGACAUGCACGAGCCCAUCAGGGAUGAAGCUAUUUUAUUAUUGAUGGCAGUAGUGAACGAUUCUCCCCACGUUCAAAAAUUGGUUGCCUUUGAAAACAUUUUUGAGAGACUAUUUUCCAUCAUCGAGGAAGAAGGUGGAUUAAGAGGCUCUCUUGUCGUCAACGAUUGUUUAUCGUUAAUCAAUAACAUCCUAAAGUAUAACACUUCUAACCAAACCUUAUUCCUGGAAACAGGAAACCUACCAAAACUUGCACACCUCUUAAGUGAACCAAUAUCCCAAGAUGAAGGCUUUUUUUGGAAUGACCAAAGGAUAAUCAAUAUCAAUACAGCUUUAGAUAUUGUCAGCCUAACGGUAGAGCCCGGAAAUACUGUCACCACUCAACAUCAAAAUGUCUUACUUGACUCAAGCGUAUUAAUGGUUGUAUUGCGACUUGCAUUCUUCCAUAAUAUCCCAAAAAAAGUUAGACCGGUCGCCCUUUUGACUGCCGCAAACAUGAUUAAAAGUAAUGAACAUGCACAGUUAGAAUUCAGUAAGAUCGAUGUUCCAUAUUUUGAUCCCUCAUUGCCUGUAAACUCCACGGCAAACGGUGGUCCAAUUAAAUUAGUUCCUGUAAUCAGCAUUUUAAUAAACUGGAUGCUUUAUGCCAACUCCGUUCACACGUUUGAUACAAGGGUUGCGUGCUCUAGAUUAUUAAAGGCCUAUCUCAUGGAUAGUUUCGAUAUUCAAAAAGAGUUUUUACUAAAACAAGUCCAAUUAUGUAAUAAGUCGGCAAUAAAUGGCGAUGACAAUACCGAAGAAAAUGGUACCUCCAACAGUGUUGAUAAAGAAGGAAAUACAAAUAAUGAUACAGAUACGGAAGAUGAUACUGGAUAUGAAAGUCUUUUUAAGGCAAACUUAUUCGAAGUUCUGUUAAAUUACGAUGCGGAACUGAACCUUAACCCUUUUAAAUUGUUCUUCACAACAGACAUUUUUAUGUUUUUUUUCCAACAGGAUCAUAAAUGUAGCGAAGAAUUACGUGAAAUAACAAGAAACGUUACCACUGGAAACGAUCUCGAUGACGAAGAACCUCUAAAGGCAAUUCAAACAAUAAGUGAAUUACUAACUACAUCACUUACUGCUGCUGACAUAAGAAUUCCUAUCUCUUACUUAACUUUCUUAAUAUAUUGGCUCUUUGGCGACUUUAAGGCUACCAACGAUUUUCUUUCGGAUAAAUCCGUGAUUAAGUCCUUGCUCUCUUUCUCUUAUCAAAUUCAAGAUGAAGACGUUACUAUCAAAUGUCUCGUAACAAUGUUACUAGGUGUAGCGUACGAGUUUUCCUCCAAAGAAUCUCCAUUCCCCAGGAAGGAAUAUUUCGAAUUUAUCACUAAAAGUUUAGGAAAAGACAAUUAUGCUUCCCGAAUCAAGCAAUUCAAAAAAGAUUCUUUUUUCUCAAGAAUUGAUAUGAAUGAAGACAGUAUACUGACUCCCGAGCUUGAUGAAACUGGUUUACCAAAAGUUUAUUUCAGCACUUACUUCAUACAAUUAUUCAAUGAAAACAUAUACAGAAUCAGAACUGCAUUAUCUCACGGUCCAGACGAAGAACCAAUCAAUAAAAUUUCUUUUGAAGAAGUCGAAGAAUUACAAAAGCAGUGUACAAAGUUAAAGGGUGAACUAAACUCUUUGCAAACAGAAACGAAAACCACUAAUGAAAACCUCACCGAAAAAUUAAAUGGGUUGUCUAAAGAACACCAAGAGUUGGUUGAAAAAUAUCAAUUAUUGGAUUCCUCACACUCUUCAUUGAAAGAAAACUUUUCCAGUUUGGAAGCUGAAUUGGAAAACGUCAGAGAUUCGCUGAGUGAAAUGACACAACUGAGAGAUGCACUGGAAACUAGGGAUAAAGAAAACCAAACCGCUUUACAAGAAUGCAGAAGUACAAUUCACAAACAAGAAGACUCUAUUAAAACUCUGGAGAAAGAACUUGAAACUAUUUUGUUCGAAAAAAAGAAAGCAGAAGAUGGUAUAAACAAGAUGGGUAAGGAUCUAUUUGCUCUGAGUAGGGAAAUGCAAGCAGUUGAGGAAAAUUAUAAAAAUCUCCAAAAGGAAAAAGAUAAAAUCAACGUUAACCAUCAGAAAGAGACUAAAUCACUAAAGGAAGAUAUUGCGAAAAAAAUCGCUGAAAUCAAAAAUUUGAAUGAAAAUCUAGAAAAAAUGAAAACUCAACACAACAACUUAUCAAAGGAAAGGGAACAUAUUUCGAGGGAGCUCGCUGAGUAUAAAUCACGGUUUCAAAGCCAUGAUAAUUUAAUCGCGAAACUAACUGAAAAGUUGAAAUCCCUAGCAAAUAAUUAUAAGGACAUGCAAUCCGAAAAUGAGUCUUUAAUGAAGGCAGUAGAAGAAGCAAAAAAUGAAAACACUAUACAAUUGUCUGAUUUGCAAGGCAAAAUUGAUUCUCUAACGCAGGAGAAAGAAAAUUUUCAAACAGAAAGGGGCAAUAUAGAAAAAAAUAUUAAACAACUAAAAGAAACCAUCUCUGCCUUAGAACAAAAGAAAGAGGAAACCAUCUUAAAUUUUAAUUCUUCAAAAGAUGACUAUGAGUCCCAGAUCAGCCUCUUGAAAAAAAAACUGGAAACUACAUCAACUGCAAAUGAUGAAAGCGUGAAUAAAAUCUCGGAGUUGAGUCAAAAUAGUAAAAGCCUGGAAGUUGAACUGGAGACUUACAAGAAUCUCAAAAAUAAGCUUGAAGCAAAACUCAAAACUUCAGAAAAAGCUUUGAAGGAAGUAAAAGAGAACGAGCAGCAUUUAAAGGAGGAGAAAAUUCAACUCGAAAAAGAGGUUACUGACAUUAAACAGGAACUCGACAGUCUGCGCGGUAAUUUAGAAUCAUUAAGAAAAGCGCAUGAAGAUUCGGUAGCUCAGGUAAAGAAGUACGAGAAACAAAUUGACGACAAGGAAAAAGAAUAUAACGAAAAAAUAUCUCAAUUAACUGAUGAGAUUAGCUCUACUCAACGGGAAAAUGGAUCAAUUCGACAAGAGAAUGAAAAAUUGGAGGGCGAAGUCAAGGAAAUCAAGGGCACUUCGGAAGAACAAUCAAAUUUGAAAAAGUCAGAGAUUGUUGCGUUAAAUAUGCGGAUCAAAGAGCUCGAAGAGAAGAACCAAACGAGCGAAGCCAGUUUAUUGGAAUCAGUCAAAAAUAUAGAGUCAGAAGCAGUAAAAAUGAGAGGAUUACAAGAAGAAUGCAACCUUAAAGAAAAAAAAAUUAGUGAAUUAGAAAACAAACUGAAGACUUCAGAAGAUGAAAAGUCUCAACAUUUGGAACUACAGAAGCAAUCAGAGGAGAUAAAAAGGGAACUAGAUGCUAGAACGAUUGAACUAAAAAAUCAAUUGGAAAAGAUCACAAAUUUGACAAAGUCCAGGGAGAAAUCAGAAUCUGAGUUAGCUCGAUUGAAGAAGACAUCGUCUGAGGAGAGAAGAAGCGUAGAGGAGCAAUUAGAAAAAUUGAAAAACGAAAUAAAAAGUAAAAGUCAGGCCUUCGAAAAGGAAAGGAAGCUACUUAAUGAGGGAUCUUCAACAAUCACGCAAGAAUAUUCCGAAAAGAUCAACACUUUGGAAGACAAAUUAAAUGAGCUGCAAAAUGAAAAUGAAUUAAAGACCAAAGAAAUUGAUACUACCAGGAGAGAAUUGGAGAAGGCCACUUUAAGUCAUGAUGAACUUUUAGAAGAGAAACGAAAUGAAAUCAAGAUCUUGGAAGAUAAAAUUAUUUCGUAUAAAGAAAAAAUAAGUGAAACCGACGAAAAGCUCCUAUCAAUAAAGCAAGACAGUGGAAGAGAUUUGGACAGUUUAAAAGAACAACUCCAAGGUGUACAAGAAUCCAAAGCUAAAAUUGAAGAAAGGCUUAAGAAACUAGAGGAGGAAUCGUCAAAAGAGAAAGCGGACCUACAAAAGUCUAAAGAAACUGUGAAAAAGCUAGAGAAUACAAUCGAGACCAAUGAAAAAGAGCUGAAAUCUUCAAUGAAGAUCAUAAAGGAAUCUGAUGAAAAAUUAGAACAGUCCAGAAAAAGUGCUGAGGAGGAGAUUAAAAACUUCCAACAUGAAAAGUCUGAUUUAUUAUCCCAUAUCAAGGAAUCUGAAAAGGAAAUUGAAGAGCUCGAAGAUAAACUGAAAACUGAAGCGAAAUCUAGCUCUGAACUAGAGACCAUACAACAAGAGCUAGGUAAUGCACAGGAAAGAAUAAAGGUCAACGUAGAAGAGAACACAGUUUUAAAAUCUAAAUUGGAAGAUAUAGAGUGUGAGCUUAAAGAUAAUCAACUCAAAAUAAAAAAUAACCAAGAAGAGAAAGAAUCACUGAGUUCCCGCCUCAAGGCCUUAGAACAGGAGUUAGAUAGUGCCCAAAAGAAGGCACAAAAAUACGAGGAAGAAAGUAUUGCCGAAGUCAAGAAAGUUCAACUGGAAAGGGCUAAAUCUGAUGAAAAAGCUAUGCUGCUUGAAACUAAAUACAACGAUUUGGUGACUAAAGAGCAAGCUUGGAAAAGAGAGGAAGAUGCUAUUAAAAAGACUACCGAUUCUCAGAAUAAAGAAAUUGAAAAGUUGGCCGAAGAACUGCAUAAUUUAAAGGCAGAAAACUCCAAGUUGAAAGAAACUAACAAAGAUCGUUCGGAAAUUGAUGAUUUGAUGCUCUUGGUUACUGAUUUGGAUGAGAAAAACACCAAAUAUCGCUCAAAAUUAAAGGAUUUGGGCGUUGAGAUUAGCUCUGACGAAGAAGAAGAAGAAGAAGAAGAUGAAGAAGAAGAAGAAGAAGAAGAUGACGAAGAUGAUGAUGACGAAGAAGAUGACGAAGAAGAGAAGCAAGAAGCAUAA